AUGCGUGCUCAGACACCGCAACAACAUAUCCCAGAGCUAGGCCAGACGCCGCCACGACAACACCGACGGCAGGAGACGCCUUUGCAAUUCGACGGGCUUCUGACCCAAAGGGCUGAGUCUAAUCUGCUACCGCAACCAGUUCAGCACCAGCAGCGCAGUUCGAUCUCGAAGCUGCCCCUGGACGACGGAGGUGAUGCGCCAAACGCCCAGCCACUGCGUUCCAUCUUCCCAACAUACAAUCCCAAUGUGCCACUAGGUCAACAGGACUAUGCGCCCACGGCGAAAAGUCCAAACCAGAUCCCCCGAGCGGUCAUCAGCCGUCAGUCCUGGCGCGACCCGCAUCCAGACGAAGAUGGUAGCGGCCACAACCUCGCCCAUUCGCCGCGGGGUGGCGAGCCGGCUCCCCAUCGUUGGGCACAACCCCGGCCAAGCGAGCCACCCGUCGUUCCAAAGACCAGCUCCACCGAGCAGCUCAGGAGUUUCUGGAAAGUCGCCAACGGGUGGCAGGCUUCGUCGUCCGAGGGGCGAGUGUACUGCAUGAAGUUGACCCAGGAGAAGGAUGCACCCGUCUACACGCUGUCUUCGUCGUCGCAACCUUUCUACAAUAUCCGACUAGAUCCUACAUCAGCCUCCGCGCGCGUUACGGUGAUGCGACAUGAUCCGACCAAGCCGUACAAGGACUCAGCCGCCGAGGCAGCGUCUUCGUCACCGUCGAUCCUGGGCGCGCUCGCUGCCACCGGGGGCAGUGAUCCAAGCAGUCUUUCCUCCUCUAAAAUGACUGAUGGGAAACACUGGCAAGAAACUCUCACCACAACCUUGGAGGAAGAGUCUCGUCGCCAUAGGCCAGAAGAUGGCCUUGUGGCCGUCUUGAUGCCCACGCCAGCGACGAAGAUGGCGCUGGAAAAGGCCAAUGAUCCUCAGGCACAGAUGAUGGCGGAGAGGGAAUGUGGGCGCCUGGUGUGGGACGACGAUUCGGACAGCUACUUCCUCGUUCACCCAGCCCUUGCAACGCCUUUCUGCGUCACGAUUGAGAGGUCGCCUGCGUGGUCGAGGGUCGAGUACACGCUCGAGCAUCAUGAGUCGCCGAAGCACCUGGCCAAGCUGACCAGGGAUGGCACCGGCGGUGGCUGGAUCGAGGUUGACACGGGCUUGGCCAGCAAGAUUGAGGCCUUUUACGUUGUCGACGUCGCCAUCACAGCGUUGAUGCUCGUCGCCAACGCGGAUGAGAGGAACCAGCCCGCGCCCAUUGAGCCCUUUGAGCCCCCGCCAUCGCUGUCGCCGCCGGCGGCUCUGAUCGGCGCGCCACCGCCCGCGCAUAAGAAGAACAAGAAGUCCCUGUUUGGAAGCAAGAAGCCACAGAUGGAGGCGUUUGAGAUUGAUCUCGAGAGUCAGGACGACAGUGUUCGCAAGGAGAGCAAGAACAAGGUCAAAGUGAGAGAAGGCAUCGAUAAGCUGCCUUUUGUGAUCAGGGCGCCGCUCAAGGUCGUCAAGGGGCUCUUUAAGGCGUUUAUUUGGGUCUUGACGAUUCUUUUCAAGUGUUUGAAGUUUAUGUUUACACCGUGUUAUCGGUUGGUCGGGAGUAAAUACUAG